AUGCUUCACAUUGCCAACUUGAAGAAGAAGUCAGUUACGCCCCCUCUUUCGAGAGCCAUGCAUUUGUACAAUGUCAGCCGUGUUUGCGCUAUUGUGAAGGAAAUGGAAAACCCUUGCACUGAUCGUGAUAACGAUUUGUUCCCUAAUAUGCCUUUUCCGACGGCUACUUUGUUCAACAAGAACUUUUCUCCUCUGAAUCAAGUGACAUACUCGUCAAUGGACGCGAUUGUACCGGAUCCCAUGUUCGACAAGAAGUUCAGUGAUUUUGAAAUUAUGGCUAAUAAUCUGGAUGUUGAGCUAAAAAAGAGAAAGACUACCGAUGUUGAAUCAUCGGAUAAAGUCAAGUAUGCUAAUGAUUAUCAGUUGGCUAUUCAGUUGUCGAAACAACUUAAUGGUGAUGAUCAUAUGGCAAUUCAUCAGGAAGGUCCAAUCCAAUCGAACUUUGAAUCAUUUGAUGCCUCUCCCACUAUUGUCGGAAAUGACAAAGGUAAAAAUCGAUUCAUCUCAUCGCUACCAACGUCUUCAGUCUCUCAUACUAAUUCUGAAAAUAGAGAUGCCGCUAAAAAUCAGGCACUUCAGUUAUCAAAGAAGUUGAACGGCAAUAAGUUUGAUGCGACUACUCACCAAGAAAUCCCGAAGAUAACUUCUUGUGGACGUUCGAGAAAGGAAAAACGCAUAUGCGAAGCGCGCCUUCAUAUCGAUAAUCUACAUCCCAAUUGCCCAUUGCCACCAGUUUCAUUUGAAACCCAUUCAAACAAUGUGAAUUAUAUAAAAUCACUUAAUUUGGAUUUGCUCGAAACAUUUCCUACUGUCUCCUCACUUUUCAUUCCAAACAUGAACAAGGACUUUCUUAAUCUGACCACCAGCGUGACAUUUUGCUCCGUUACGCAGGUGACUUCUAGCGAUCAACAUUUGAGUGGAAUCCAGCCAAUGCCUCAUUCGAACAACAUUGAUUUUUGUGGUUCCCCAGCGGAGCAAAACAUGAACAUAGCAGAUGGUAAUUCUACAAAUUCUGUUCAUCCAACUGUGGAUUGUCGAAGAACAUCUGAAAAGACCAAAUAUUGUUUGACUUCUGGUAACACAACACAAUCAGAAAAUUCGGAGUGUAGAUUGGAUAAUGAGACGCCUUCAUGCCUGGUUCCGAUCAACACGUCUUCGACGACGAUCGAAGAAGUCUGUCAUACCGAUACAUUAGGUUUGAAGGAGACAGAGGAAUCGCGCAACGAAAAAGUUCAUGAAAGGGAGAAAAAUCAAAAGGACCCACUUCCUAACGUUCUGAAUUCUUUAAAAAUGAGAUCGAAGUACGAACUUUUCCUUAUCCAAUUCGCUGUCGAGUCUGCCUUAAAAGAGAAGAAUUGCGAUGGUUUGAAUGGCAUCAUUGCUGAGCAGCCAUCGCUUUCUGUUCCACAUCACAACACAACAAGUGCAAAGAUUCGUUCGGUUCGUGAGCCAGAAAAUAAUUUCGUAGACAAAGCAAAACCCCAUGAGCAGAUGGUUUUGGACGUUCCAGGAUUCUCGCAUGAAAUUUUCUGCCGAAGCAAAUCAUCGAGUAUGAGUCCUUGUGGUCCUCAUAUCAGUUCCACAAACACUGACGAAGUUAUUGAGAUUCCACAAUGUACCGAAAAUCUAGAAUCAGAAUCUGUUGAACAGGCAUCUGAACAUCAGCAUCCGUUUGAUGAUAUAAUUGUUGAGCUGCCACCAACUAUGAAUAUGGAUGAAAAUAAUUUGGACAUUGAUGCGAAUAUGGUCAAAGAUUCGGAGCAAACUGUUAGUCCUCAAAGUGAAUCACCGAAGCUUGCUCGUCGAAACAACUCGUCUGACUGCUUUGUAGACACGAGUGUUAACACCAUUCUCUCCAAAAAUUCAAAUUCACCGUCACAGCCGCAAAUUGAUUCUUCUAUAAACACUCCAGAAGUUGUAACCAAAUCUUCCACUACUGAAACAACAUUUGCUACUAUCAUGGGGAAUGCUACUCUCACUCCUGCUGCUAUUGAAUCUGAUCCCAAGCAAAAACUGAUGAAUAGGGAAAGUAAUGUGAAUUUAGUCACUCUCGGAAGAACUCAUGAAGCUCAACGUGAGCCAAAGAAGGCUCUCAUGUCACGGGUUCCAGUGGAUAUGAAGAAAAUUCGUGAAAUGCUCCCUGCUAGAGUCCCGAAUAUGACAUGGAAUGAUGUUGCUAACUUAUGUGGAUACCGUGAUAAUGGUGGUAAAAAUGCUAAAGCUGAGUGUCCAAAGGAAAAAGUGAUCCCCAAACAGUCCAAAACUAAGAGAUCUACAAGUGCUAAAAAUUCAACUACUAAAACAACUAGAAGAGCUGCUAAAAAAGCUGCUCCAAGACCUGCAUCUAGACCGGUAACUAGAGCUGUUACUAGAGCAGCAGCACGCGCUCUUGCCGCCAAUGAAGUCGUUGCUGAAACUACAACUGCAAAUGACACUACUGCUUCAAGAGCUGCGACGAGAGCAAGAACGAUGGCAAUCAAAACUUCAGCUGAAACUGGAGCGAUUAGCAAUAGUCAAUCUACGGCUGUUAGGGAAGUUUCUGCUGAUACUGGAGCAACUGCAACUUCGCGAACUACUUCUGGUACGGAAGUGAUUCAUUCUUAUCGAGCUGAGGCUGUUAUGGAACCUUCUGCUGCUACGGAACCUCCUACUGGAAUAGUUACUGCUACUCGACCUACCUAUGACUCUGGAGUUACGUCUGCAACUCGAGCUGCCGAUAGUUCGAAAGUCAUUGAUUCUAAUGGAGCUACUUCUGCUACUCAUGAAAACGUCAUAACAAACCCGCUUGUGAUGUCAAGACUAGAGCUUGUUCGACAAGUCGGAUAUCCAUAUGUACAGCUGAAGUACAGCUCGAAGUGCCCAGAAAUCAAAGUGGACCCCAAAAACUCCCAACGUUCUUAUGAACUACUUCAAUCAGAUUCGAGCAUAAUGACUUCAAGAACAACCGAUUUUCCUAAUACUAUAACUGGAUCUAACAUUGGAUCAACAUUUGCGAUUCAACCUCUUGCUGAUACUGAAACUAUGGAUCCUACUCAUCCGACAACUGGCACCAAAGCGGUUGAUACAACUCAGGCCACUGCUGGAUCAAAAGCUACUUGUACUAAUGGAAAUACUAAUAAUGUUGAAGCUACUGAUUCUGUUCAAGUUACUGCGGGAUCAGGAGGUUCUUCUACCAUUGGAACUACUGCUGUUAUCGAGACUCCAGAUGCUACUCAAUUAUCUACCAGUCAUGAAUCAGCUGAUUUUGUGCGACCUACUGCUAGCACUGAAGCGAUGGAUGCAACUCAGGACACUUUUAUAUCCGGAGCUACUACUACUAUGGAAACAACUUCUGGUGAUGAAGCUGCCGAUGCUACUCAAGCUACUGCUGCAUCAGGAGGUUCUUCUACCAUUGGAACUACUGCUGUUAUCGAGACUCCUGAUGCUACUCAAGUAUCUACCAAUCAUGAAUUAGCUGAUUCAGUGCGAACUACUGCUAGCACUGAAGCGAUUGAUGCAACUCCAGACACUUCCGGAUCCGGUACUACUUCAACUAUGGAAACUAUUCCUGGGGCUGAAGCAACUGUUGCUAUUCGAGCCACUGAUGUUACGAAAGCUUCUUUUACCAUUGGAUCUACUGCUGGUACCGAUACUCCAAAUGCAACUCAAGUACCUACCAGUAAUGAAAUAGCUGAUCCUGUUCGACCUGCUGCUAGCACUGAAGUGGUUGAUGCAACUCAAGACACUUCUGGAUCUGAAACUACUUCUACUAUGAAAACAAUUUCUGGGGCUGAAUCAUCUGUUGCUAUUCUAGCCACUGCUGCUACAGAAGCUGCUGCUCUUUCGGAAAUUUCUGCUGUAACGGAAGCGUCUACUUUUGUAACCAUUUCUACUACAAUGAAAAAUGCUAGUGCUGAAGAUAAUGAUGCUACUCGAUCUGUUGCUGGUGAUGAAACGACCACGGCUACUCAAGACAUCGUUGCAAAUGGAACUGUUUCUGCUGGGACUAAUAUUUCUGGCACUAGUGCAACUGCUCUCAAAGCUAUCAAAGAUCGGACUUCACGCACGGAAAUGCCGAAGAAUCGAAACAAAUUCCCCACUGAAGCUCCUACUCUGCCAUGCCCAAAGGUUAUUCGACAAAGUGGAUUGUCUUCCGGUCAUCCGAAAUACAACUCGUCUGAGAGCUCCGAAGCCAAAGUGAGCGUCAAACAUUCCCAAUGCUCAACUUCUCUGCAUCAAUCUAAAUUUGAGGUUCGUUUAACUACUUCAAAGGCUGAUAGUCAUACAAUUGCAACUACUGAUGGAGGCACUGAAGUUACUUCUACUGUGCGGCCUAGACCAUUUUCUCGAGAAAUUACUUCUAAUUCUACUAAAAUUACAACAGCUUCUGAAGCCACUGGAUCUCGUGCUCAAAAUUUAGCUACUAAUACUGAUACAAAUACGUCUUCUACUGAUGGUGCUAAAGUUACGUCUACUGCUCGGACUAGGCCUUUUAUUCAAGCAAAUUUUGCUAUUUCUACUACUGAAAACAAAAAGCGAAAAACGGAUCACUUUGGUAGAACUAAUUCAAAUAAUCUCGGAAAAAGUCUUGUCGCUCAAUAUGAUAAAACAAAGAAUCAACUGGCUCACAUGGAAACGGCAAAGAAUCGCGGUGAAAAUUUAACUACCAAUGUUCCUAAUUUGUCAUGGCUUGACGUUGUUCGCCAAAGCGGAUUCCCUUAUGUUGUUCUCCAUAACAACGCUACACAACAAGUUCCACAGUUACCAAAAAUCAAUAGCGUAAGCAGGAAGGUAUAUUUUGUGAAUGUGAAGCAAGACCAACGAAAGGCUCUUCCGGAACCUUGGUACACGGGGCGUGAAAGUCCUCAUGUUUACGAGCCCGCGCAAAAAACUACAGUUGGCCUGGAAAAGUCUCAACAAAUCAAUACUCAUGUUGAACCUGAACCAGUCGAGAGAAAGCUUCUUGAAGUAUUGGGUGAUAUCACGAUUGGUGGCAGCAACAUUCCACGCAAACGCCAGAAUUCUGAAUUGGCCUGCAACGGAGAUCUCAUUAAGAAAACGAAACUCGAUGAUCGUUCUGCAGCGAAUUCGACGGAUUUCCAAAAAACGCAGGACUAG